GGACAGAUGGCACCCAUCGAACGGGUUGAAAGUUGAAAAUCAAAAGUCAUCAUCCGCUUCUUUCUCUCUCCUCCUAUCUCUUUCUCUCUCUCUCCUCUUUUUGGGCAACAGGAUGAGGGGGUAGGGGCUGCUCGGCCUAUAAAUAGAAAAGGUGCGACGGAGCUCUGAAUCGUCACGGCAAUAAAGAGGGGAAGCAGUCGGGGCAAUUUCACAAUUUCGCAGAGAAGGAAGAUUUGAGAGUUUCGAUCUAGAGAGAGAAAGAUAAGCGGGGCGACCUGAUCUGCAAGAACACAAGGCAAUCAUGGAAGGAAGAUUGAGCGUGGUUCUUUUCGUGGCCAUGGCGGUGGCGGCUCUGAUUCAGGGCUCGUUGGCGCAGUCCGGCAAGAACCACACCGUCGGCGGGUCUACAGUUUCCGGCUGGACGGUUCCCUCCGAUGCCAAAGCUUACUCCACCUGGGCCUCCAGCCAGACUUUCUCCGUCGGCGAUAGUCUCGUCUUCAAUUUCGUUACCGGAGCCCACGACGUGACCGAAGUUACUAAGGCGAAUUACGAUUCCUGCACCUCCACAAACCCGAUUUCACAGGAAACCACCGGUCCGGCAACCCUCACCCUCAAAUCCACCGGCGCGCACUACUACAUCUGCAGCAUCCCUGGCCACUGCAGCAACGGCCAGAAGCUCGCCAUUACUGUUGUUGGCUCCGGCUCUGGUUCCCCUGCUCCUCAGCCCGCAAGCACUCCACGCCGGGCGUCUCCUCCCGCCGCCGCCGCCCCAUCUCCCUCAACUACCCCUACCACCGCCACUCCGCCUUCCGGCUCCACCACCCCGUCACCUUCCGGUUCCACCACCCCGUCUCCUUCCGGCUCCACCACCCCCUCACCUUCUGGAUCCCCCACCACACCCUCUUCCGACGCGAGCCCGCCUCCCUCCGAGGCCACUCCGCCCACCCCCGGGUCUCCCGGAAACGCCGCUCCGUCUCUGGCCGCCGCCGCCGGCUUCUCCGCCACCCUCAUCUCCGUGGCCGUAGCUUUAUUGUACUAAUUAGAUUAUUAGAUUAGGUUAUGAUCGAUAGACCAUUUGUGCGAUUCGUUUUCUGUGUGCGUUUGCUUUUUACAGAUUGAUAUUUUGUUAAUUCUGCAUGAUACCCUGCAAUAAAGCUGGUUUUUACAAUUCAGCUA